AUGUCUUUGAACGUCGACGAAGGACGUCGUCGAGGACGCUCAAAGUCCCCAGGCCGCUACGUGGCUGAGGAUCGCGAGGAAUCUCAUCGCGAGCGCGAGCGCGACCGUGAACGCGAGCGACCAAUGUACGAUACACGUGAGUCGAGCUACGCUUACGCCGAGGAUGACCUAGACGACUAUCCUCGCCGUCGUAGGGACGAUAGGGACGAUAGGGACAGAGGUAAUGACUACCGAUCCCCCACAAGUCCGCGUCAGUCGUCGGGUGCUUUGCCGUACCCGCCGCCGUCCGGUCGCGGUGGUGUCCCUUAUCCCGGCGAUUCUUCGAGCGCCCUCGCCAUGCCGGGUGCAUUCGACUUCAAGGACGACAAGCCGCAGCGAUCCGACUAUCGUACCGUGUCUCCUCCACCUGACUCAGCCUACCGUAGCUCCAAGGAGAAGGUGGACGCUGGCCGUGAUUCUCGAGUACGGUAUUCUUAUUAUCGUGACGAUGAGAGGUCUUCUCCUCGUCCAGAGAAGAAGGGCCGAGAAUUCGGCGCUGAUGAUAUAUUGUCCAAGUUCCUCCCGCAGAAGUAUAGGCCCGUUGAGAAGAAGAGCGAGCCGCCGCAGCGACGUCGAAGAGAUGACUCCGACUCCGAUUCCGACGACGAGUCCGACGACACUGACGUCGACGACCGCCGCCGUCGUCCUGCUGAAGACUAUGACAAGUACGGCCGUCGCCGAAAGGAAAGCGAUGCCGACGAACGGCGACACCGUUUCCAAUUGCGAGGACCGUCUCCUCCCUCGAAUAAAGCCCAGAAGAAGGCUGAAAUCGAAGAAGGACUUGCCUAUGGGAAAAUGGCCGGGGAAGAGUUGUCGCUGCGUGACACCAUUCGCCAAUCAACCCAAGCAUUCACUAGAAAGGAGCAGGACUUGCUGUCUAAGUAUGGCUAUUCUGGCCACGAUUCCGGAUACCCACCGGAGAAGAAAACUGCCAGGUUUGAGCGCGACCAUGAGCGGGAGCGGGAGCGGGACAAGGACCCUCGACGGUCCUCGUCCAAUGUCCUAACUGUCGACCAGGCAGACAGGCGGCGCGACAGGUCUCCUGCGCCGCCGACCAACAAGAUGUCGUCUCUGUCGGUAAACACAGGACACCAUUCGUUCAACAUGUCUCUUGCUGCAGCGCCUCCGUCGCCGCUUCUCGAGUCAUACCAUGGAACCUACCAAUCGUGCUCCCCCAUGCCGUCUCCGCUGAUGCUCCCUCAACAUGACGGGAACGCCAUUAUUGAUGUGGCUCCUUUGAGUCCCGAUGGCGAUGAUGCAAGGAUCAACCGUAGAGCUCGUUUCCACGUGCCCGAGGUCGUGGCUGAGAAGAUGGCCAAUGCACUCAAGGGCGACCGAAGGGCUCCCGACACUGACGUCCUCAUCCAGAUCCUGCCGGGCCUCAGCCACGAGGAGGUGAUGGAGCUCCGCGCCCAGUACAAGGCCCUCGUCAAGGCCGGAACGGAACGCAAGGGCGUCAACGUGGCGAAGCACAUCCGAUCGCGCCUCAGGGACGAGGAUCCUAACCUCAUGAAGGCGUGCUACGCCACGGCUCUGGGUCAGUGGGAGAGCGAGGCUUACUGGGCAAACUAUUGGUACCAGGGCGAUAAGACCAGGCGCGAGCUGCUGAUCGAGUCGCUCAUGGGCAGGACCAACACGGAAAUUCGGUUGAUCAAGGAUGGAUUCCACGAUAAGAAGUACGGCGAUAGCUUGACUAGGUGCAUGAAGACGGAGCUCAGGGAAGAUAAGUUCAAGAAGGCGGUGUUGCUUGCGCUUGGCGAGGAGCGCAUGGAGGAUGUGGACUCGUAUGGCCGGCCUCUUGAGGUGAACAUGAAGUUGGUUGACCAGGACGUCGAGGAUUUACGACAUGCUGUGAAGUCUGAGAAGGGUGGCGAGACCCUCAUGAUUUCGAUUGUGGUUCUGAGAAGCGAUGCGCACUUGAGGGAGGUACUCAGGGAGUACUCGCACCAUUAUAAGUCUAACUUUGCCCGCGACGCACUCAAGAAGAGCACUAACCUAGUGGGCGAAGUGCUCGCCCACAUCCUAAACGGAGUCAUCAACAAGCCCGUCCGCGACGCCCUCCUCCUCCACCACGCCCUCACAGCCUCCCGCAAAGACGACCUCCGCCGCGAGCUCCUCACCUCGCGCCUCGUGCGCUACCACUGGGAUCGCCGGCACAUGGAGGCCGUCAAGCGCGCCUACCACCAGCGCUACGGGCGCGAGCUGCAGGACGCCAUCAAGGACGCUACGAGCGGCCAGUGGGGCUUGUUCUGUCGCGAGCUGUGCAUCACGCGCAUGCCGAACGACGUUAGGCGCGUGGAGAGGCUGACGGUUGAGGGGCCUGAGAGGGGUAAGUCGCGGGAGAGGUCGAGUACGCUGGAUGUUGCAAAGCCGGAGAGGGGCAAAUCGAGGGAGAGGUCUAGGGAGAGGUCGAGUACUUUGGAGGUCUCGAGGCCGGAGCGGGGGAAGUCGAGAGAGAGGUCGAGGGAUAGGCGUCGGGAUAGAGAUUAG